AUGGCGCCCGCCGCGUCGUCCGACGAGCGAGUCGGGCCUCCAGCUUCCUUCAUCGAGGUCGCCAAGCCCUAUCUCCUGCAGUCAGCCAUUGAACGCCGUCUCAGUGAUCUCAACAUGUCGGACGCCAGAGAGGACGCCGUGCGGCUUCAAGGCGUCGCCUGGAUUGACAGCGUUCGCCGCAGCCUCCAGCUUCCCGUGCGAACCUUCAACACGGCCGUCGUUUACUUCCACAAGUUCCGCUCGCUCCAUGCCGACAACGAGUACAAUUGGGCCGAUGCCAGCGCCGCCGCUCUCUUCACUGCAUGCAAGAUUGAAGACACGCUCAAGAAGUCGAGGGAUAUUCUGUGUGCCAGUUGGAACCUGAAGCUGCCCGUGGGCGAGCAUCUUGCGCCCGACGAUCCGCGCUUUGAGAACCCCUCGAAGCUCAUCAUCGGUCUGGAGCGGCUGAUGCUGGAAAGUGCAGGUUUUGAUUUCCGGAAUCGACAUCCCCAGAAGUUGUUGGUGAAGCUGGCGAGGACCAUGGGGUUUGGCGUGGAAAGAGAGGCGAGGACCGCUUGGAAUCUAUGCUUGGAUCUGUACAGGACGUUUGCGCCGCUCAAGCAGACGGCAGCAACCAUGGCGAUUGCGUGUAUUGAGUUGGCGGCCAGGUUACAUGAUUCGAAGCCGGAAGAGCUUGUGGACAGGGGCCCAAUGUCCUAUGACAAGUGGAAAACCAGUCGGGCUGAAGUAAUGGAGACGCUUCUGGACCUGCUCGACCUUUACACCCAUCACCGUACCGCUACUGCCGUGGGACCCUUCUACCCCCUCGAGACCUUUAUUGACAUCCGCAUCCGUUUAAACCAGGAAGCCUCGGCGGCGAACAUCCCACGCUUCGCCGCCUACAUUGCGGAAGCAAGCUGGCCACGCUCCACCAACGGCUCUGCCUCCAAGCUGCGCAACGGAAUCGACACGGCCAGUCCUUUGACGCCCGUCACCCCAGGGACGACCUCGCCGUCGGCCAUGGCAACCCGAGGCCACGGCGGCACAGUACGCUUCAUGCUUGACGCGGCGCGGGCUCGACACGAACGCGCCGAAUACGACAAGUAUCAUGAAGCAGAGGAAGAGGAGUACGAAGUGGAGAUUGCUGUUGAGCCAGAGGUCAGCUCGCGUGGGCGCUGA